AUAACCAAGGUUAAAAUUUGACACUUUCAAUAAAAAUUCGCCGCUGUGUGGUGAAUUUUGAUCAAUAAAAAAUACUAAAUUAAUCUUUUUACAUUCAGAAAUGGCUUUACACAAGCUUAGUAUUGAUGCCCUGGAGUUGGCCGGAAAGCGAGUGCUUAUGAGAGUGGACUUCAAUGUUCCCCUCAAAGAAGGAGUGAUCACAAACAACCAGCGUAUUGUAGCUGCCUUGGAUUCCGUCAAAUAUGCCCUGGAAAAAGGUGCAAAGUCGGUGGUUCUCAUGUCUCAUUUGGGCAGGCCGGACGGUCAGGUUAACAUGAAGUACACGCUCAAGCCGGUCGCUGAAGAGCUUAAAAAGCUACUUAACAGGGAAAUAACUUUCCUGUCUGACUGUGUUGGUCCUGAAGUAGAGGCAGCAUGCGCUGAUCCCCCAGCAGGCUCAGUUAUCCUCCUUGAAAACCUGCGCUUCCAUGUCGAAGAAGAAGGCAAAGGUGUUGACGCAAGUGGGGCUAAAGUCAAAGCUGAUCCUGCUAAAGUUACAGCCUUCAGAGCCAGCUUGAGGAAGCUUGGAGAUGUUUACAUUAACGAUGCAUUUGGUACUGCCCACAGAGCUCACAGCUCAAUGAUGGGAGAGGGUUUCGAUCUCAGGGCUAGCGCUUUCCUUAUGAAGAAAGAAUUGCAAUACUUCGCUAAAGCCCUGCAUGAGCCUGAGAGGCCUUUCCUUGCCAUUCUUGGUGGUGCAAAAGUGGCUGACAAGAUCCAGCUCAUUGAAAACCUUCUGGACAAAGUCAAUGAGAUGAUCAUUGGUGGCGGUAUGGCUUACACAUUCCUCAAAGAAACUAAAGGCAUGCCUAUUGGAUCCUCCUUGUACGACGCCGAGGGCGCUAAAAUCGUCAAGAAACUCCUUGAAAAAGCAGAAAAGAACAAUGUGAAGAUUCACUUACCAGUUGAUUUCGUCACUGCCGACAAAUUCGAUGAAAACGCUCAGGUUGGAAGUGCUACAGUUGAGUCUGGUAUCCCCGACGGCUGGAUGGGACUUGACGUCGGACCUAAAUCCCGAGAACUGUUCGCCGAGCCCAUUGCAAGGGCCAAAGUCAUUGUCUGGAACGGACCCGCCGGUGUGUUUGAGUUCGCCAAGUUCGCGGAAGGAACCAUGGCUCUUAUGAACAGUGUAGUGGAAGCUACCGCGAAAGGAGCCAUCACCAUUAUUGGUGGAGGUGACACGGCCACGUGUUGCGCGAAAUGGGGCACCGAGAACAAGGUCUCGCACGUCUCGACCGGUGGUGGAGCGUCUUUGGAGUUGCUUGAGGGUAAAGUGCUCCCAGGGGUAGCCGCUCUCUCCGACGCAUAAAUAAUUAAGCAAAUUAGAUUCAGUGCAAUAACCUAAAUUAAUUACAUUUAUGUAUGUGUAUUGGUCAAAAACUUCGCAUAAUUGGUAUAUUUAUAUUUGGUUCCUGAAAGGAUUGUAUUGUAAUACUCGAAAUUAUCAAAAUUACAUAAUAAUUAGCGUAAGUGAAAAUGCAUGUUAUAGUUGCAAGAUCAUUUGUGUCAUGUUAUUUUAUAUUUUAUUUUAUUUAUAGCUGUGAGUAUUAAUAAACGUUGAUCGUAGUUAA